UCAAUUUGUCAAGUCGUCGAAAGUUGGAAAUUGCUGAUUGCUCAUUGCUGGAACUUGGAAACCGGGAACUAAUGGGAAAUGUGUACCUAAAAUUUUAAUUAUUUGCGUUUUAUUUGUGAAAAAAUAAAAUAAGAUCUAAAAUUUCUGAUAUUACUAAAGUAAAUAUUGACCAUAGUUUUAAAUAAGGGAGUAAUUUUAUGUUUCAGUGUAAAGCGUUGUAGUUGUAAACAAAGCGGCUUACUGAUCAACAUAAACAGAUAACUGUGAUGUUUUUAUUAUAAUAAAUCAAGUAAUAAAACACAAAAUGGCUGGUCAAGGACAUCAGUUUCCUGGAAACUUCCAGGGUAACGCAGGCCCCAUGAGAUCGGGUUUCGGCGGCGGGCCUAUGGGCGGCCAAAUGCAGUCCAUGCCUAACCAAUUAACCGGUGUGAUGGGUGGACCAAUGGGUAACCCUGGAAUGGUGGGGAUGGGCAACCAAAUGGUACCACCAUAUGGAGCCACCAUGCAAGGACAAAUGGCCACCAUGGGGAUGGGUGGGCAGGGAAUGGGUGUGGGUGUGGGUGCAGGGCCGGGAGGACUUGGCCCCCAGGCGGUGCAGCAACCAGUUUCAGGAGUGAUGCAGGCGGCGGGGUCCGUGCAAGCCGCAGCGGCGGCGCCGCCCUCCGCGCCCGCGUCGCAUCCCCCUCAGAAUAAGGAGUUCAAUACUGCCUCGUUGUGCAAGUUCGGCCAAGAAACAGUACAAGACAUAGUGAGCAGAACACAAGAUGUGUUUCAAACCCUGAAAGCCAUACAGCCUCCGAACGGCACGCAGCACGGUGAAAACGCUAGCAACGACAAGAAGGCCAAAAUGCAGGAACAGCUGAGGACUAUACGAUUGCUGUUCAAACGACUCAGGCUGAUAUAUGAGAAGUGUAACGAGACUUGUCAGGGGAUGGAAUACACACACAUGGAAAGUCUGAUCCCGCUCAAAGACGAAGCGGAUAACAAGGCGCUGGACGAGCGACGCAACACAGAGUCCUACAGGUUGGCGCUGGAAGAGAACCGGGAGUUGACUGAACAGGUGGUACUGAAAAACAAGCAGCUGAAGGAAGUGAUAACGAAUCUCAGGACUAUUAUAUGGGAGAUAAACGUUAUGUUAACUAUGAGAAGAUCGUAAAAUAUUGUAGAUAAAUAAAAAUUGUAUAGUGAUGUGUUUGUGCAGGAGUUAUAGUGAAUGCUCGCACUGCAAAAUUUCACCGAGCCAUUUUUCUCAGAAUUCUGUGACAUGGAAAGUGUAUGAAGCUGCACGCUCCCGCGAAAUGAAUACGUGUAAAAAUUCUCUUAACAAAAUCUAUGCAGAAGCAAAACUUCAAGCAGAAUUAACGGCACUGCGGCGCGUUUGUGCACUAUCAA